AUGUCCUCAAACGGACCCGGCAAGCGCAAAGGCGCAUGGGAUCCGUCCUCAUCUAUCAACCGUAAGCGAGUCAAGAUACAGGAUGCUCGUACUCUGGCCGUUCAGAGCUCCGACACGGCUCUCUCGAAAACAGGGGAGCUUGAUGUUGCAGCCUUUGUAGCUGCUAGACAAUUUGAAAUUCGUGCUCUGGAGGCGGGAAUUAGGAAGUCGAAACAUGCUUCUAUGACACGUGCCUUUCAGCAAGUGCCUAAGAGCCUCAGACGGAGGACUGCUAGUCAUAAUGUGAAGCGUGUACCGCGGCGAUUGCGAGCUCGAGCGAAGCGCGAGAUGGUAGAAGAUAAUACACCGACUGUUACGGCACGACGAAGAAAACCAACCGAGUUAAUGCGACUCAGACUUGAAAGUGCUCGUCGACUUCAGGGUCUUAACGCUCGCUCAAAAGCGAGAAGACAAGCUGCAGCAGAGGCUAAGCUAAAGGAGUCCCCCAACUAUGCUGGUCAUAACGCCGAAAUUGCUCCCCGCGUUCCCAAAAUCAAGAAGAACAAGCUCUCUCAUCCGCAGAAACCGCUGUCUAAAUUCAGAAAACGUCAAAUCUGCAAGACCUGGUUACCGACCCAUAUGUUUCAUGCAAAGCGUGCACGUCUUACGGAGCCAAAAGCCCCGUUAUGGAGAUUUGCGAUUCCGUUGACGCCCACGGAGAAAUGCUAUCGGAUAACGCAUCGUACUAGCGGAGCUAGAGGUGCAAUUGCAUGGGAUAUGAGCUAUAUGUCAACGAUUAGUCUUGAAGGAACAUAUGCUAGCCUAGAAAGCCUCUUACGAGCGUUAGGCGUGGAUGGCCAAAACGCAUGGGGAAACAGUGGGGGGAAAUGGAGGAACGGGACUCAGAGCUUGCAGGCUUGGGUCUUCGAAAGGGAUGGGCAAAAACACCCGAUUGCCCCGGUUCGGCUCAUUUGGUGUCCUGCUAAACGGGCCGAAGAUAUUGAUAUGGUUGAUGCGGAUGCUGUGCCAAAGAGACAGCAGAAGGGCAAAGAGCCACGACGGCGAAUGUUCCUAAGAGUUCACCCGUCUGCUUUCUUGCAGCUCUGGGAGGAACUCUUGAAGGUUUCCAAAAUCCAGAAGCCCCAAGUUAUGGUUGAAGACCUUCGUUUUGAAAUAGGGAGCAUAGAAGUCUCGGGACCUGGUGCGACUGAGGCCUUGCUAGGCACUUUGAAGCCUGCUCUCCCUGAUGGCGCUGAGGUGUGGCCAGACGGCUCACCCGAAUGUAUAUGGCAGUCUCUGGCUGGGCUAACGAAUUCGGCCGCUUUACCUCAAAAUGCGCUGCUUGCAUUCAACAUUACUGAUCCACGUCUUCGUUUCCCUCCAAAAACUAUCAAGAUCCCUACAUCAGAGGAAAGUCAUACUAAACUAAUGGAAACAUUAUCUUUAUGGAAGCCAGAUUCAACUCAGAAAUCACCCCCAGACUUAUUUUCCCAGCUUGCUAGACGCAAGGCUUGUUGGCAGCUACCGUCCCAAAAGGCCAUUAACCGGAGAAAAUCUCAAGCUGCACCAGGAGAGAGUGUUCCCCCAAAACCAGGUGACCCCAAAAUUCCCAUACUCCUUCUCGCAACCAAUUCUUCCUCAAAAAAUUCCAACUCUCAAGGUUCCUGGACCGUUCUACUACCCUGGAAAUGUGUCACUCCUGUGUGGUAUUACUUACUGUUCUACCCGCUUUCGUCUGGAGGUAAUCCACGUUUCGGUGGCAUUCAGGAGCAACAGCAGCUUGCAUUUGAGUCGAAGCAGCCAUGGUUUCCUGGCGAUUUCCCGGGAACCAAAGCUGGGUGGGAGUGGGAAGCUCGCGAGCGAUCACGAGAGAAGGAAGCCUGGGAACGUAAGCCAAAGUCAAAGAGGGUUGAAUAUAACAGUCUCAACCUGGGGACAGGCAAGAAGGGUGAGAUUGGUCAAGGCUGGGCGUGUGACUGGGAGCGCCUAGUUUCGGGGCCUGACACGCUAGUCGCGAGCGAAGGGGAAGUCGAUGAGAAACCAAAAGAGGAAAAGAAGGAAAAACAGCCAAUGAAGAAGAGGAAGGAGAAGAAGAAGCAAAAUGAUGAGGUUAAAGCAGUGGAUGGAGAUAAGCAGCCAAACAGCUCCGAAAAGACUAAGGUGUCAGUAAUAACGCCCCCAGCUCUGCGGCAACUUGAUCCAUCAAUGGCUUCUGCAGUCAUCUCCCAUAAGGCUAAAUCUGAACGGCUUCCUGCCUCUAUGCAAUCCCUACUUGAGACUCCUGCUCUUGCAACUGUUGUUAUAACCCUUUUAAACAGAGGGACUCCCACAAAACGCUCACGAAUAUACCGUCUCCCUACCUUAGACCCUGAGCUCAGGUCAAAGUGGCUCUCCUUAUUAGACGAGUCUAAGCAGCCAUCCAAGAAGUCUAAGAGUGCCUCUAAAUCAUCAGUGCAUUUGCCAAUGCCGCAAGAAGAGGACCUGUUGGGUUUUGUGACCUCAGGGAAUUUUAAUCUCGCCGCAGGCAAAGGAACAGGGAUUGGUGCAAUAUUGGUUAAUAAAAUGUGUCCUUACUCGCCCCCAGUUGACUCUGAUGUUCCUCCAGCCGGCAAAGGCUGUCGGCUAGCCGGAGAGGAUAAGCUUAUGAAGGUUUGUAUUAUUAGAGCUGCUGGGGAGAAUGUUGGAAGGCUAGGAUGGUGGGAAGUUGCCUAG